GGCCCACCAAAUCAGUUAGUGUCGGUUUGCAGUCCAGCUACGACGUGUGUCACGGUGUGUCGUCCCGCGAGUGCGUGUGUAUGUUUGUGUUGGGAGUUGGGCUUCUCGGCCAUUUCGAUCAUCAGCAGCAGCAGCAAUCGCAGUAGUCGAGUUGUUCGCGCUGAAAAGAAGAAAAAAAAGCAGAACGAGUAAACACAUGAGCGGAAGAUAAAACAACAACAAAAAAGUAAUACAUAUAAAUGAGCGAAAUCACAUCGGUUUCGUGCGAUUAAUAAUCUCGGUGGGGCGUGCGAGAAAGGCACAGAGUGCAGCACAAGUAACAAGAAAGGAAGAGAGGAAUCAAGCGGAAAACAACACGUGCCCGGUAGAAAGAAGAAAAGCAAAGAAGGAAAAAGUGAGUCGCAAAUAAGAAAGCAAAAAAAAAGUAAAAAAGAUAAGAAAAGUGAGCAGCGGCGCAAAAAAAAAGUGAAAAAGUGCAUACCAAACGAGCCGAGAAGAGUCGAGCAGAGAAGCAAAAAAAAAGUAAAAUUCAAUAAAUUAUCCGUGUGAUUUGGGGAAGCUGUGCGAUCGGUCGCACACCAUCGCAGAAAAAAAAAGUGUAAGUGUAAUUGUGCGCUACAGAGCGAGUCUGUGCGUGUGUGUAUUGGUGCGGGUGUUUUCCCCCCGGCCCCCGGUUUUGCGGCCAAUUGUUCGGCGAAAAAGGAUUUCCCGCCCUCCCCGCGUUUCCCACGUGACUUCCCCCAACCACGUGUGUCCUGCCGCGCGUCCGACCGACGUCUGGGUCCACACACACACACACACACCAACAGAAUAAUCAUCGACAGAAGCAGCAGUAGCAGCAGCAAGCCAUGGAAGCGGUUGCGAAGCACGAUUUUAAUGCCACGGCCGAUGAUGAGCUGAGCUUCCGGAAGAACCAGGUCUUAAAGAUCCUGAACAUGGAGGACGACAUGAAUUGGUACCGGGCAGAGCUGGACGGGAAGGAAGGUCUCAUACCGAGCAACUACAUAGAGAUGAAAAAUCACGACUGGUACUACGGCCGGAUCACGCGGGCCGACGCCGAGAAGCUGCUGUCGAACAAACACGAGGGCGCCUUCCUGAUACGGAUCAGCGAGUCCAGCCCCGGCGACUUCAGCCUGUCGGUCAAGUGCUCGGACGGGGUGCAGCACUUUAAGGUGUUGCGCGACGCACAGGGCAAGUUCUUCCUCUGGGUCGUCAAGUUUAGCUCGCUGAACGAACUCGUCGACUACCACCGGACGGCCAGCGUGUCCCGCUCGCAGGAGGUCAAACUGCGCGACAUGGUGCCGGAAGAGAUGUUGGUGCAAGCGCUGUACGACUUUGUGGCCCAGGAGUCCGGCGAGCUGGACUUCCGGCGAGGGGACGUCAUCACGGUGACGGACCGCUCGGACGAGCACUGGUGGAACGGCGAAAUCGGCAACCGGAAAGGACUCUUCCCAGCAAUAUACGUAGCGCCCUACCAUUCAUAAGAUAUAAGUAUUUUAUUAAUUUUUUUUUUUUUGCUAUAUAAAUAUUAUAUAUUUUUAAUGUUUAACUGAGGAAACAGAGAAAAAAACAAAACAAAAAGCGGUGAAAAUCCGGUUUAAAAAAUAAUCAAGAGGCAGCGGUCCCAAAAAAAAGAAGGGCGGGGGAUGAAAAAACGGCCCGGCGUCGCGUCGUGGCCGGCCCCCGUCCUGGGGCCAAAAAUCCUGCCGGAAGCCAAUAAGAAAUCGAGGAACCGAACGGGGAACGAAUACUGAUUAAUAACUGUACAUUGACGAUUAGGAUGGAAAGUGAAAAGGGCGUAAUAAGAAAUUGUCCGCAAAUCAUAUAUAUAUAUAUUAUACACACGGAAUCAAAAGAAAUCAAAUUCAGGUGUUUUUAUAACUAGGUUUGCCAAUCAAUAUGUGUUGAGGUUUUUCUAGAGAACAAACAAAAAAUGGAGACAAAACAAAAAACGCGAUACACUCACCAGAAACACCAGAAAGCUUACCCUCUGUAGCUUACAGUUAAAGGAUAAAAUUGUGAAAUAUUUCAAAAAGGUGUAUUUUUUGUUUAUAGUUCUUUUAUCUUUAAAAGUGCUUCUGUAAUCAACUUCCCGUUUUUUGCUGUAGAUGACGAAUUAGUUGACAAUCUAUUUUUCUUUCUUCAAUCUUUCAUUUAAACACCCACUAAGUAGGAGCAAGAUUUGACUAAUUUUUAGUUUGACAGUUUAGAGCGCAAUUUUUGUCAUUAUGUGUACUAGCUUGUAAGUGUAAACAGUCACACAAAAGAACAAACAAAAAAUUGACGGUUCGAAAAUGAAUGGAGGAAAAAUCACACACAUGCAGACACAACAAACACUUACACCGUAUAAAGUAGACUUUAAAUUGAAGGGAAUAAACGUGGUAAAACCAGUCUUGAUAGUUUUGUUAAAUCACCACACGAAGAUGCCCCAUUUUAAAUUCCCGCAAAAUCAUAACUAUGGUAUAGAAACAAUAAUUUAAAGCCAGAAAAGGAUAAACAAACAACCCCAACAACUUUUAGCCUUUUAAGUGAACCAGAGAAGAUUAUGAAAUAUCCUCAAAACGUAAAAGGGCGAGCGCAGCCCUUCGAGUGACCUCACAAGCAGGUGCUGAUCAUCUUUUCAUCACCCGUUACAAAUUUUCCUAAAGUGGCGCGAGAUUUGAAAACAAAACUAGAAAGUGCCAACUUUCACCCAAGCACCGAAUAACGGUAGCACUCAAUGUUGGUGUCACAAAGCGCGUAGCGAAGGGGAAAGAGAGUAAAAUAGUAGUUUGGGAGGAGGCACCCAGAAAAACCCAGAAAUCCAAUACAAUUACGAAGGAAAAAAAAACGACUAUUAACUAUACCCAAUACUAGAAGUAGCGAGAGGAAUCAACAGCAAAAGAAAAAACAACACACAAUUUCAGAAGAAAAAAAAAACACAAAACUUACAUUAAAAGAACACACACACACACACACACAUUAUACAAAAACAACAUCAACCGCAAACACUGCAGAAACAUGAACUAUGAAUGCUAGUAAUUAAUGAGAUAAAUAAUAACAGUAAAAUGAGAAAGCAAA